UAAAAUCUCUUCUUUACUUGCCCCAGCGUUUCAAAAUAUCUAUCUAUUCACAGUUUAUAGCAGCAACACUCACUGCUCCUUCUUCUUCUUCUUCUUCUUAGGCAACGAAGCGAGUAACAAUCUUAUAUAUUAUGUUGGUGGAGGUGGUGGUUUGAGAUGGAUCUCAGGCAUUUUAGAAGUGAAUUCUUGCCCACAACACUCAGCCCAUCUUCAACUUACCUUCAACUUUCUCCUCUUAGGCGUUUUUACAAAACCCCAAACCUAAAAUUCCAAUCACAAAGACACUUUGCAGUUCUCUCAUUCUCCCAAACCCCUAAACCAGUAAGAAGGGACCUGAGGUGUUACGCUGGUCGUAGCAAGAAGUCUGGUGGUGAUGGCUCCUCUGGUGGUCGAAUUGAAGGCGCUGCAGAGUUACGGAGUCGGUGGAAGCGCAUUAAUAGUGCAAGAACCAAGAAGUAUGCGGAGUCUCUGUUCUACAGACUGAAAAACCCUCAUGGUGGUGGGAAUUAUCCUGAUAACUUCACUGAGGAUGAGCUCCAACAGAUUGGUCUCGGGUAUGAUCGAAUGGUCCGGUUCAUGGAGAAGGAUGACCCGAAUUUGCGUCAUCCUUAUGAUUGGUAUAAGUAUGGCCAAUAUGGACCCUACUCUUGGCGUGGAGUUGUUGUGGGCGAUCCGGUUCGGGUAGGGAUCACGGAUGAGUGUGUGACGCUGAUCAGUGAAGUGAAGGACCAUGAGGAGUGGGAGAAGAUUGAACAAGCUGAAAUGGCUGAAGAUUAUGGGGAAAAAGUGAAGCAUCUGGAUCAAAGUAAAUUAAGGUAUUUUUGGGUAUUUGUAAGGCACCCAAGGUGGAGACUUUCAGAGCUUCCGUGGGAGCAAUGGACGCUAGUUUGUGAAGUAGUACUUGAGGCUGGUAAACAGAGAUUAGAUAAAUGGAAUUUGAUGGGUAGACUUGGGAACAAGGCUAGGUCGGCGAUAGGGCAAUGUGCUGCAUGGAUGAGACCUGAUAUUGUAUAUGUGAAGAAGCCUGUGUUCCAGUGUAGGUUUGAGCCACAGGAUGGUUUUUUCAAGCCAUUAAUUCAACAACUUAACCCUGAAACAGAACAGGAUUUUCUUUUUGAGUUGGAAAACGAUGAUGGUAGUGCUGAGUUGUGUACUUACUAUGCCGGAUUGUGUAAGAUUGUGAAGGUGAAUCAAAAGGCAUUUGUCGAUGAUGUGGUAAAUGCGUAUGAUAAAUUGAGUGAUGAGAAAAAGUCAAAAUGUUUGGAGUUUCUGUUGAAAAACCAUCCAGUGGAAUUGUUACAUCCAUAUACAAAGGAGUGGAAGGCUAAGUUGGAAGAGAUGGAGCUGGGUUGUGAUGCUCCUGAUGAAGAAGAUGAUGCUGUUGAUGAUCCUGAUGAUACUGAGAUUCUAGAUUGGAUUGAGGAUGAAGGUAGUGGUGACGAUGCUGAUGAGGAGGAGGAGGAGGAGGAGGAGGAGGAGGAGGAGGAGCUGAAUGAUGAUGAUGAUGUUGAUCCCUAUAAAAACCAAGAUCUAGUGAUGGACAUGGAAGAAGGUGAAGAUGGCAAAUAUGAGGCCAUGGAAGAGGAUGAGACUGACUUUAAUUGGAAUGAGGAGUUUGAAAAGGCAUUAAGUAGCGGAGAUGCAAUGGAAAAUCUGGCAAGGAAGGCUCUUGAAACCAAUAGAAAGCUGAAUAAGAGGCAACCAGUAAUGCACAAAGUAGAGGAAGAGACAGCACCCUCAGUAGAUGGAGAUGAAACUGCCUUGAGAGGCAAGCGAGCAAAGGUGAGUCCAGAAGAGUGGAAGUAUAUUGGGAUUGGAAGAUGGAGAAAAAGGAUUAAGAGAAGCAGAAUUCCUCCAGAGCUAUUUUUGCGAGCGGUUGUUAGACCUUUCACUUACAGAAAUCUUGUAAAAGAGAUUGUUUUAACUAGGCAUGCAAUCUUGGAUGGUGAAAUUGGUGCACAAGGUUAAGACAUUUGCCUUUUACCUGAAGGCCAUAUGUUGUGUACUUGUGUAGGAGUGAUGUUGACUGGUCUUUAGAUGGUUCAACAUUAUUCAAUUUCCAUCAUGUUGUUCAAGUUGAGGGAAUAGAAUAGACAGAAAUUUUUAGUGAGUUUUCUUUAUGCUUAUCUAGUUGCUGAAAAGGAUGAAGUAUACGUCUUACAGUAUACAAUAUCAGUUUUGGACUACUUCAGAAACUACUUCUAUUUAUUUAUACUGGUGUUUCUGUGUAUUGCUCCUCUA